ACAGACACGAAGACGUCAAAUCGCCUUCAGUCGGCGGAGCGGAAAAUUUCCAACCUGAGUGACAUCAUCCAAUCACUGAACGCCUCCCUGCAGCACGCUCAAGAAACAGCUAAAGAAGUUCAGCAGCUGCAGUUUUCUGUGGAGAAGAACGAGCAGCAGCUGACCUCAGUGUCGGAGGCGUUGAAGCAGCUGUCAGUCAUCGACUCGCUCAAAAAGACGAUCACUGCGCUCAAAUGUUCCCUGGAGCGAGUCAUCAACAACAGCUCAGUGGGGGACGCCUGUUGUCCUCUGGGUUGGGACGAGUUUGAGUCCAGCUGUUUGUUCUUCAGCAGUUUGUCUCUGUCCUGGAACGAGUCCAGAGUCUGGUGUGAAAAACAAGACGCUCACCUGCUCAUCCUGAACACUGACAAGGCCUGGGUGAGUCUGUCCGUCCGUCCGUCCGUCCGUCCGUCCGUCCGUCCGUCCGUCUUGUUUGCCAGUCGACCAGAAGCGUCCACACGGCUCUGCAGUGGACGACGGAGCCCUCCUGUUUUUAUGGCGCUGCAUCAGCGACAGUUUUUGGGUCGUUUCUGCUAAAGUCUCAUUUUUGUGAACGUGACAUCUCGAGAAAAACUUCAAAUUCCGUACAAACAUUCAAUAAACCGAAGGUUCGAAGGACAAUUAAAACAAAAUGCUUUCUUUAAAAAUUGCUGAACAAAAAAGAAAAAAAUAACUGCAACUUUUAAGAAGCGGUCAUAGGUCAUUAAUGUUGCGCCACCAAAAAACAUUUAAAAAAAAAAUGGAAAUUGCAAAAUGUUUUUUUAUA